AUGAGCAUUGGAGAAAUUCACCGUGAUCCAGGCCCUUAGACUUAAGGGUACAAAGGAGUAUUCAAAGGUAUUUCUGAGAAUCUGGAUGUUGGAGUGGGCAUGUAUGCUCCACCAAUAGGCAUGGAAUAGAGAGAACAUCACUACAACAUAGGAUGGAAACCCUGGCAAUAAUCGAAUGAAACAGUUUACGAAGUGGAUUACAAACCAAACAAAGAAAUAGUGAAAAGGGAGAAUUGUGCGAAUAUGCAUCCACCUACUAUUCACAUUGAUCAUAUUAAUGUGCCUUACACAAAGGACACUCACUUCAAUACUGAAUACAAGAACUAUAAGGACUAUCAGAAUCCUCCAAGAGCCAAGCCUAUUAGAGAUAAACUCACAUUGAUGGCCACUUAAAUAGUGAUGGGGGGAUGA